AUAAUAUGUAUAGAUUACAAUGAUGCAAUCUGUCCCACCCGUGCCGCCCUGGGAAUGACAUGAAAGCAUGGCCAUGGCCGAGCUGCCGACGGGAGCAAAACCAAGACAACUAUUGGCAAAUUUGGCAGCAAGUUCUUCUACAGGCUUUGUUGUCAGCUCUUUGAGCCAUCCCAUAGACACGCUGAAGUGCCGUUGGCAGGUAGCCGGAGCCUCAGAACAUGCGAACACAACUAUUGCACUUGGACAGAGACCAAUUUGAAGGGCAUGCGGCCAAGGCCGGCAAAGCUUCCCAAACACGGCAUGUAAAUGUAUUUGGUUUUGCUCGCUUAGUCCUAUUGCAGGAAGGUAUCUUCACAGGCCUUUGGAGGCCAGGGCUAUUACCCAAUGUGGUUUCCAUGGCAUGCUGCAUUGGGCUGAGGAAUGGCCUGUAUGCUUCCUUCCGAGAUGGUUUUUGUCGAUUGAGAAGAUCAGCGACAGGCAAUGCUGACAAGGCCGGAGCAGGAGGCAUGUUCGUCGCAGGGCUGUUCUCAGGGGCGACUGGCUACAUUAUUGCGUCUCCUUUGCUACAGGUCAAGACUCAAAUGCAAGCUGAAGCGGGAAAGAUCGGGCCAGACGGAUUGUAUGUCACUGGUCUACUUUGUGGGCGUGCUCCGACAUACCAAAGCACCUCCAAGGCGCUGAGAUCGCUGGUGGCUUCAAGUCCAGGGCCGUUGCAUGCAAUCCAGACCUUGUGGCGUGGUGCUGGUGUGAUUGUAGCUCGUGGUUCUACCUUGUCUGCCUCUCAACUGAUGGCGUAUGAUCAGUCGAAGACGAAGCUCAAAUCGUCCCUGCCUGAUGGCCCGUGUUUACACUUAAUAUCUUCUACGAUUGCUGCUGUUGUGGGCACCACGUGCCACAUGCCCUUUGAUGUGGUACUCACUGUGUACCAGAGCGCACACAGCUUGGGUGGCGAGCGCUUGGCUCGCUAUGGUCGCCACGGGCCAUUGGGCUGUGCAAUGGCCUUGGUCCAAGAGUCUGGACCCUUGGUUUUGCUCCGUGGAUGGGUGCCUGCUUUCCUCCGUCUUCUUCCAGUGACCCUGUUUUCCUUUGGACUUUAUGAGCAGCUGCGACAGCUAUUUGGAAUUGGUUGCAUGGACUGAGUGCAAGCGGACUUGUCACAAUGGCAAUUGAGUUUCACUCAUUCUGCGCGUUUCCUCAGAUCUCCGGUCUGACUGGUAUGUUUCACUUGCACGGUUACACAAAACGGGGGUUUGUAUUACAAACCUUCUUUGUCCCUGUGACGCAUGACAGUGACCUUCCCGGUUCCUGACUGGGAUCGCAAUGGCAACAAAACUGACAAGCCAAUGACCAUCUUGCC